AUGAAUAUUCCCUCAUUUCGCCUCUCACGGCCGUUUCUCUUUUCUCUGCUUACAGUCUCUGUGCUGGCUUCAAAGCUGCUGCACCUCUUUCUCCAUGCUCAUACGAUCCCGGUUCUGCGGUUUAUCAUCUACUUUCCCACAUUUUUCAUUCAGGAUGCUGCGGCAAUUAUCUUCUGCAGAUUCUUGCUCCAUGGAGGAGGAGGAAUAUUUUCCGUCAUUGGACUGAUGUUUGGCGGGUUUCUGGCAUUCCUAGUGCUGGGGGCUGCUGCGUCCCAAUUCGGAUUCUUUUAUGUCACUAGUGCUGAAAUGCAGUUUGAUUCGGCGGCAACUGUCGUUAGUGACCCGGCUGCGGUUCGUCUCUUAUUGAGUGGCCUGACAGAAGUCCUGAUUUCCGGGCUCCUUCUCAUCAUCAUCUCGUUUUUCUGCACGCCAUGGAUGUAUAACAAGGUCGGGUUCUGGCUGGCUAGCAUUGGGAAACUCCGCACGCCCGGGAAUUGGGACAUGUUGUUGCCCACUGUGCGAUCUGAUGUUGAAGAGCCUCAGCGGAGAGUUGUCCGCAUAUGGCCAUUUUGCCUAUUAACCGGCAUCUUAGCUUUGAUUACCUUGCUUUGCAUGCGUCCCACCGUGCCGUACAGACACAUUUCAGUAACCCUGCCGGUUGCGUUGCUGCGCGUAUUCAAGCACCAUACGGCCCACGAAAGUCAUCAUGAAUGUGGCAAUGGCUCGGAGCUCUACGCGGAGCCUUUCCCAUUUCCUGACUUGAUCUCAGAGGACAAAUGGGAGAUGCCACAUGACAACUUUAAGGGAUGGGCACCCGGUACGCGCAACUCAUUCGUUAAUAAAUACAGCCAAAGCAGCCCUAGUUGGCUUUUGAAAAACAUGCCGUACGCUUUCAAGCGAUGGAUUCCGCAUAAUGAUACGCAGUCCACGAAGCCAGGAGACAGCGAGAGUACAGCACAGUGUGCACAUGAGACAAACGAUGGACCCAACUACUACAACCCUGUUGCAGACCCUUUCAGAAUCACCAACCUCGACUCGCCCAUGUAUGAGUCUCUUCAAGCCGCGUUAUCAUCUGUCUUGAUAUCAAAUGUCGUGCUGAUCACCAUGGAAAGCCAAAGGAAGGAUGUGUUCCCCAUGAAAGAAGGAUCCAACCUCCAUAACAACAUUUUGAAGUCGCAUUGGAAGAAAGAUAGCGAGGAAAUCAACGAGAAGCUGCGUCAGUUGACGCCAGUCGCCGAGCAGCUUACUGGAGAAUCGUUCUGGAAAGAUCCUACAGGGAAAUCAAAUCUCAACCUUACUUCCAAUAUCUGGCGGGACGAGAUAGGCUCUGAUAUGGGUGGAAUCAAUGUUGUCGGUGCUCUAUCCACAUGCAGCCUUUCGCUUAAGAGCUUUCUAGGCAGUCACUGUGGUGUUUUUCCACUCCCUGUCGACUUCUUGCAGGAAUCCACGAGGGACAUUUAUCAGCCAUGUAUCCCUCAUAUUCUUGAUCUCUUUAAUACUGCAAAAUUGGAGGGUAAAAAGAGUACCAAAGAUUUAGAUCCUCGGUCGAAGAAAGAUUCUUAUCGAAAAAAUGUGCUUUCCAGGCCUUGGAAAACUGUGUACGUCCAGGCUGUCACUGAGACGUUCGACCGCCAGAAUAUUAUGAAUAGAAAAAUGGGCCUGUCUAAUGUUAUUACGAAAGAAACCCUGGAUGACAGACAUUCGAAGUAUUAUCCUUCAAAUUUCUCGGAGGUGAACUAUUUUGGUUACCCUGACCAAGCGGUCGAACGGCCACUUCGAGACCAGAUCAAAGAGGCCGCAGAAGGCAAGUCACGUCUGUUCUUAUCUCACUUUACCACAACAAGUCAUCACCCGUGGCAUGUGCCCGAUGACUUUAACAAGACGGAGUACUUUGUUUCGCGGACAAAGCAGGAUUUGAACAACUAUCUGAAUGCUAUCCAUUACGAUGAUGCCUGGAUGGGAAAUGUUCUGAAGAUGCUGGAGGAAGGCGGUAUUGCGAACGAGACUCUUGUCGUGUUCAUCGGUGAUCAUGGCCACACCUUCGAGGAGGAAGGUUCUAUGACCGUGACUUACAAAAACAGUCACGUCACCAACUUCCGCGUCCCGAUCGUCUUCCGGCACCCACAGCUCCCACGCAUCACGGUCAAUGCCAAUGCCACCUCGUUAUCCAUCAUCCCAACACUUCUUGACCUCCUCAUUAACAGCAAUUCCUUGAAUGACUUCGACACUACUGUCGCUUCCGAUAUUAUCCACGACUACGAAGGCCAGUCCCUCCUGCGUCCAUAUAAAACGGAACAUAAAGGUCGAAAGGCGUGGGAUUUCAGCGUCGUCAAUGCCGGCGCCGACAUGGUUGCCGUGCAACUCGCCGGAAAGCCAUGGCGACUUGUUGUCCCGCUUAAACCAGACUUUGCGUACCGCUUCACCAGAGUAGAUACCGAUCCAAAUGAAGACCACCCUAUCGAGGAGUGGUCUAUGCCCGACCUGUCCGCCACUUUGAAGAGCAGGUGGGGAGAGGAGCCCGCUGAGUGGGCUGUCGCUGCUGAAAAGGCAACUCACUGGUGGAGGAAAGAAAUGCAUCGCUUAUGGAAUUACCCCACGUACGAUUGA